GGUCUCCAAUCUUCGGCUCGUUUCCGGUUCCGCAGACUCCGGCAAAAAGCGCGCGCAAAAACAAAAAGCCAACCUACGGGACAAAAGUCGCGCGCGACUCGUAAGCUUGUUUACUUUGCCAUUAUAAAUCCGGCGGGCGCUUUGUUUGUGUUGAUCAACAACAACGACUGGCCAAGUGUAUUCAAAGCGAUUAGCGAUUGACGAUAAGCGAUAACCAACCAACCAAAAAAAAAAAGGGGAGAAGCAGAAACACCGAUAACCGAUCAGGAAUCCAGAGCAAGACUGCUUAAAAAUGCUGAAAAUGCCACUGCAGUUGAGCAGUCAAGAUGACGGGCUCCAUCGCUCCCUGGGACUUGGCCAGAAACCACAGCAGCAGGAGGAGCAGGAGCAGGAGCAACAACAGGCUUAUCAUCAUCGUCGCCAUCAGGAGCAGCGGCCGAAACAAAAACAAGUGCUCCAAGGACGUUCGCCGGCAGUGUUGCCAGUGAUGCUGCUCCUGUUCCUGGCCACGCUCCUCACGCGUCCAUUGAGCGCCUUUUCCAACCGACUCUCGGACACAAAGCUGCACGAGAUCUACCUGGACGACAAAGAGAUCAAGCUCAGCUGGAUGGUGGACUGGUACAAGCAGGAGGUUCUCUUCCAUCUGCAGAAUGCCUUCAAUGAGCAGCAUCGCUGGUUCUAUCUGGGCUUCUCCAAGCGCGGCGGCCUGGCCGAUGCGGAUAUUUGUUUCUUUGAGAAUCAAAAUGGAUUCUUCAAUGCGGUAACCGACACGUACACCAGUCCGGAUGGCAAGUGGGUGCGCAGGGAUUAUCAGCAGGACUGCGAGGUCUUUAAGAUGGAUGAAUUUACGCUGGCCUUUAAGCGGAAGUUUGAUACCUGCGAUCCGUUGGAUUUGCGAUUGCAUGAGGGUACCAUGUACGUGGCCUGGGCCCGCGGCGAAACGGAGCUGGCCCUGGAGGAUCAUCAGUUUCCGCUGCCCAAUGUGACGGCACCACAUGAGGCGGGUGUCAAGAUGUUGCAGUUGCUACGGGCCGACAAGAUACUCAUUCCGGAGAGCGAUUUGGAUCAAGUAGAAAUCACUCUAAAGGAAGCACCCAUUCCCAACAAGGAGACCACCUACUGGUGCCACGUUCAACGUUUGGACAGUGUUAUCCAUCAUCGACAUCACAUUGUUCAGUUUGAGCCUUUGAUCCGUACGCCUGGGAUUAUCCAUCACAUGGAGGUUUUCCACUGCGAAGCCGGCGAACACGAGGAGAUACCACUGUAUAAUGGCGACUGUGAGAAGCUGCCCGCCAAGGCCAAGGUCUGUUCCAAGGUAAUGGCACUCUGGGCCAUGGGUGCCAGCACUUUUACGUAUCCACCAGAGGCAGGACUACCCAUUGGCGGGCCAGGCUUUAAUCCCUACGUACGCCUGGAAGUGCAUUUUAAUAAUCCGGAGAUGAAGGCGGGCCUCGUGGACAACUCGGGUUUUCGCAUCAAGAUGUCCAAGGUGCUAAGGCAAUACGAUGCCGCCGUUAUGGAACUGGGUCUAGAGUAUACCGACAAGAUGGCCAUUCCACCGGGUCAGACGGCCUUCCCGCUGAGCGGCUACUGUGUGGCGGACUGCACCAAGGCCGCCCUGCCCGCCACCGGGAUCAUCAUCUUUGGUUCCCAGCUGCAUACGCAUCUGCGAGGUGUUCGGGUGCUCACCCGGCACUUUCGCGGCGACCAGGAGCUGCGCGAGGUGAAUCGGGAUGACUUCUACUCGAAUCACUUCCAGGAGAUGCGCACGCUGCACUACAAGCCACGCGUUCUGCCGGGCGACGCCUUGGUUACCACUUGCUACUACAACACCAAGGGCGACAAGACCGCCGCCUUGGGUGGCUUCUCCAUCAGCGACGAGAUGUGCGUCAACUAUAUCCACUACUAUCCGGCUACCAAGCUGGAGGUCUGCAAGAGCUCCGUCUCUGAGGAGACGCUGGAGAACUAUUUUAUCUACAUGAAACGCACCGAGCACCAGUACGGCGUCCAUUUGAAUGGCGCCAGGUCGGCCAACUACCGGAGCAUCCAGUGGAGUCAGCCGCGCAUCGAUCAGCUGUACACAAUGUACGUCCAGGAGCCCCUCAGCAUGCAGUGCAACAGGUCGGAUGGCACCCGCUUCGAGCGGUCGGACGACAGCCACGCCGGAUGGGAGGGCGUGGCGACAACGCCAGUCCAGAUCCGCAUACCCAUCCAUCGGAAGCUGUGCCCCAACUACAAUCCGCUGUGGCUCAAGCCGCUGGAGAAGGGCGAGUGCGAUCUGCUCGGGGAGUGCAUCUACUAAAUGGGCGGCAUAAUCGUAGUUUCCUUCUGGAAUCACCCAAUUGCACACAGCCACACACACCUGCACACCACUCACACACACACAGACAGGUAUGGGUUUACAGUAAAAUUGAUUCGUAAAACACUCACACAAACACUUCAAAGAUCAAUAUU